ACUCCCAGUCCAAAAGUGCCCAGUGCCGCGAGUGUGGGUGUCCCGAAGCGUCCUAAAAAAGGCAACCCAGAGAGAGAGAGAAGAAAAACCCAGUUUUCCCCUGUGGCACGGGUUUUCCAAAGUUCCCGGUUGCCUCCAAAAUCGCGCCACGCGGGACCACGCAACAUUUGACAGUUCCAGUACCGCGGUGUUGGCCUGGGAGAAGUGAGUGUCACGUUAGGGGCGGCUUUUAGUGGUCACUAUUGCGCACGGUGGCAAGGUUUCGACAAGCCGGCCCUCGGCGCAACUGCUGCUGAAGGCGUCGCCGCCCACUAGCAGCGAAACGCGAGAGCAGCGGCAAGAUCGAACGCAUAUCGAACGACGACGACGACGACAACCACAACUACAUUUAAGGAUCGCGAUUUUUUCUACUACCGCCAGCCUCCGGCGCGGAAGAGCGGGCCCCACCGGGCAGGGGGUGGUGGUGGAGCGUUUGGUGUGAGAAGCGACUAGCAACAACAACAAGCAACCCCCUCAGAAAACAAAACAGCGUGAGAGAAAAAAAAAGAAAAGAAAAGAAAAGGAGCAACUAAACUAAACACAAAAUCAAGCAGGCGAAAAACAAAUCGUUGUGCGAAGGAAGGCCAGUGUGGAGGAAGAGGAGAGAAAAAAAAGGUAGAAAAGAAUCGAGACAAACACAAACACACACACAAACGAAAUACGAGCACCAAGAGAGAGAGAGAGAGAGAGAGAGAGAGAGAGAGAGCGAAAAAGUUGUGCGAUCCGCGAAAAAGGUGCACGGGGUGUGUGAUCUGGUGUGCGUGUCCAACCACCCCUUGUGAGCCACCCUCCCACCUCCCCCACCGCCCCUCUGACCCGGCCGCUUUCCACAACCCCAAAACAGGGUGGCUGUUGUUGGGGCGUAGCGGCAGCAGCAGCAGAACCAGAACGCGAGCGAGACAGAACGAGCGAGUGAACCGCGCGCGAAACGAGAUAAUUUAUCAUCCGCUCGCGCGCGCGCGCAAAAAAAAAAACAAAACCCCGAAGCUGUAGUUUCGCACCAGGUAGUGUCAACGCCGGCAACAGCAACACUAUCAAACGAGCAAAACCACCACCACCAAAAAAAAAGAAGAAGAAAAAAAAAAGACAACCCAAGCACCCGUUGUUGUCAUUGGGAACGGUCAGCGCGCAACGCGAAUGAUUUGCAACUCGCAUAAAGUAUCUGGCCGCGAAUCGCGAGAAGAUGUAAGCAGCAGCAGCAGCAGCAGCAGCACCGCUAGACGAACGAUCGAACGAACGGCCGAAACGAACGCCACCGGCAGUGGCCAACGCUCCAGCAGCAGUCACACCUCGUACCGCUGGCAACGUCCAAAGCAGCGCACCCGCAAGCGCAGGAAGCGGAAGUACCCGACCGGGAGAGUGUGCGCCGGUGCGGCCAAAGGGAACGCGUUGGCACCGCUGGCGCCGGACGAGCCUCGUUCCCCGGACUUCAGCUUAGCGCACCACGAUCGCGACGGACCUGUGUGGCCGCGAAUGACCUGAGCCUGUGAGGGCUAGUGCAGUGUGAUCCCCCCGCGAAGAGUGUGCCCCUGUGAAACGGUUGUGCGGGAGUGCGCGACCGUGAAGCCCCGUGCCAGUGACGUGUAGGUGAGGUGUACGAAUGUUGAACGGCCGGUGAUGAGGCUGGGCCAGCACGUGUAGAGCGCGAAAGUCGAGCAAAAAGCUUCGAGCGGCCCCAGGAAGCCCAAAAAACGAGCAGCAGUUUGUGAGUCUUUUUUUUUUGUUUGUUGCCCUUUUUUGUUGCGAGUGCCAAAACUCAGAAUAAACGCACAGUGAGCGAGUGAGACACAGUGAACGUCAGGCGAGUUGGUGGCGCAGCAGGAAGCGCGAACCAGUGAAGCAACCAGUGGUACCAGCUAGUACUCACGCACGGUGGAGCAGACAGCACAGAAAUACAGAGCAACAGCAGCAAAAAAAAAAAAGCAAAGCAGAAAGCCAAUCUAACCCGCGGAACCUCGAAGAAGAGGCGACAAUACGCAGCGACCGACAAUGGCUAAAUUUAACGCGACACUUUGUCUCCUGUGGCUGUCGGUGGUGAUGCUGAUCGGGUUCGCAUCGCGACCGGUCACAGCCCGCCGGCAUCCAUUGCUGAUCGAGGAUGAGGGAGCUCGCCGCAACAGACCUGCAGAGUGCCAGUUUGGGAAGACCAUCCGCGAGCUGCAUACGACCUGGUUCGCCGAUUUGGGCCCCCCAUUCGGUGUGAUGUACUGCAUCAUGUGUGAAUGCGUCCCGUUCCAAAAGAAACGCCGCGUGGUAGGUCGCGUCCAGUGUCGCAACAUCAAGAACGAGUGCCCGAAACCGACCUGCGACGAUCCGAUCCUGCUGCCGGGAAGAUGCUGCAAGACCUGUCCGGGAGAUGCCCAAAGUCCUGACGUGGUGCAAGAUCUUCCCCAGGCGACGAUGCCCGAGGAGGAGGAACGCAGCAAACACUUCGCAGCCCUGCUGACUGGACGUACCUCGUCACUUCUGAAGAAGGACGACAUGAGCGCGAUGUACUCGACACUCAACCCACAGAACGUGAUCGCGACCGGGCGGUUCUCCUUCCACAAGAAGAACCUCUACUACAGCUUCUACGUGUCAGAACGCGCGGCUCGCCCACGCUCGAUCCAGUUCGUGCACGCAAAUGGCAACAUCCUGGAGGAGCACACGCUAACGCUGGCAUCGGAAGAAGGACGUGUCAGUGCGUACCAAAAUGGCACCGGUAAGGUGUGUGGCGUAUGGCGUCGAGUUGCCCGCGAGUACCGCAGGUUGUUGCGCGAUGAGCUGGUCAGUGUGGUGUUGCUAUGGGGUAACAAACAUCAGGCGGAGUUGGCGAUAGCAGGUCCGAUCGCAAAGUACCCAGCGUUAGCACACGAGCUGUUCAGUGCGCUGCUGGAACCAGGCACCCAACCUGACAUGAUGGGUGGAGCAGGUGGUACAGCGAUCGUGUCAACGAGCAGUGGCGUAACCUCCUCGAUUCAUCUGACGAUCGUGCUGAACGGACUGUUCGCACCGGACGAUGUGAGUGACGUGCCGCUGAGCGUGCGGCUCGAGUCACUCGACAAACGUCAGCUAAUUUUGGAGGAUGUCCAGCGAGUGCGCAAACCGGCCCACGACAUUAACGUGCUGGAGGUGUCCUCACCCGUCUCGGUUGCUGAUCUGCGGUUGCUGACGCGUGGCAAGCUGACUCUGACGGUGGAGUCGCGCCGACAACCGGAUAUACUACGUCUGCACGGUCCAGUUAGAAGUAGGGUAGCGUGCGAGGUGUUCCAGACGUUGCUCACCUCACACGGAGUUGACGCGCGUAGUGACGCAAGCGGACUUGCCUGGAUGUAUCAGAACAAGGAGGGUGCGCUUGUGUAUCACGUCCGGACGCACCAUCUGGUGGGAUUGCCAGGUGCUUCCAGUCCCAUCCUCUCACUCGUCGAUGACAGCGCCAAGCGGAAGCCGGAACUGGAGACGUUGACACGCGUCUUCACCGGUGAGCAUGCGUCAGGUGUGAUCGACCGCAUGGGUCCACGCAUCCUCGAGCCGUUGUACGCCGGUGAGCUGGCGAUACAGGUCGCGAAUGAUCAGAAUCUCACGAUGCUGCACGGUAAGUUCGUGACCCGUCAGGUGGCGGAUGCACGUGACUCUGCUGCACCGGUGUUGCUGCGCCGUACUGCCGACCUCCAGCCUCUAACGCACGCCACGGGUCUCGCUUGGAUGGCCGUUGAUAACGAGUGUAGCCUGCACUAUGAUGUGUCGCUUGCCGGCAUCCCAAGUGCGUUCCAUCCGCUCGAGCUGUACCUUGAGGAACUACCGCUGGAGGCACCGAACGCACCUGUCAGCCGUCGGCUGCUGGAGGAGUUCUCCGGCAACCAGCUUGAGGGUUUCCAGUUGGGACUUCCACCCAGAGAGCUCGCCAAACUCGAGACCAGUGUCAUAUAUCUCGAGGUGCGCUCGAACAGCACCAGUGAUCCACUGUUGCGAGCUCGUCUGCGAGCUGCUACCCGUGUACCAAGCCACUGUACUGGUGGGCUUGAUAACGAGGUUCCACAGGAUCCGUUCGCCGCCAAUGAUCUACACCCGAUCGCACCUAGCGAGACCAAGUGCUUCCACUCCGGUCGGUUCUACGAUGAGGGUGAAACGUGGCGCAGCGCAGUUGAAGCCUGCACGAUGUGCUCCUGUGAUCACCAGCAGUACCGGUGCGAGAAGAUCAAGUGUCCACCGCUACGUUGCCGCAAGGAGGACAUCGUACACAAAAAGGGUGACUGCUGUCCAACCUGCUCCGCACCUAAGACGCCCCACGGUAACAGCCUGCCAGCGAUCGCACCGGUGACAACCGUCAGCAGCAGCAGUUCAGGGCCGCAGCGUGGUUGUCAGCUCGGUGAAGAGUUCUACGAGGCGGGCUCCACCUGGCACCCGUACCUACAUCCGAGUGGCUAUGAGACGUGUACUAUCUGCACCUGUGAGGUGUUCUCGCUGCAGGUGAAGUGCGCACGUGCUCAGUGUCCGCCGCUGCCGUGCAGCGAGCGCGUCGCGUACCGACCAGACAAGAAGGCCUGCUGCAAGGUGUGUCCACAGGUGAAGGAACCGAAGAUACCGAAGAAGACCGCCGUACCCCGACCAGACGUGCAGUACGACGAAGCGGGUACCUCAGUGAAUACUACGCCUUCACCACAGGCCAUCCUAGCCGCCGGCGGCUGCCGUUACGAGGAGAACAUCUACGAGAAUGGCCAGGAGUACCAUCCGAUUCUGGCAACACACGGCGAGGAGAAGUGCAUCAAGUGCCGCUGCAAGGAUGGGCAGCUGAACUGCAACCGGAAGCGAUGUAACCGGGCCAUGUGCAACCGACAGAACGCGAAGCGUCCUGGCCAACAGCAACCGAUGCAGCAGCCUGCCGAUGAGUGUUGCCAGUGCAGGCCAGCUCGGCACCACCGGAAGCGGCAACAGCAGCAACAGCAACAGCAGCAACAUCAUCCGCAACAGCAGCAAGCGAGUGUCAAGAGUUGAAUUGAAGUAGU